UCUGCCACACUUUCUCUCUCCUGUCGUCACUCUCUCUCUCUCUUCUCUGAAACGGUUGCCCUUCAUCAAUGGCAGCUUUUCUUUUUCGUGUUCUUAUUCUAUGUGGUUUCUUGGCCGUUUCGUUAAUCUCAUCUUCACAAGCGCUCACAUGCACAUCUCAGAAAUUCACAAACAACAAGCUCUAUAAUCACUGCAGCGAUCUUACACAACUGUCAUCUUAUCUCCAUUGGACUUACGAUGCUUCCAAAUCUUCUCUAUCAAUCGCCUUUGUCUCGUCUCCCUCAAAGACCGAUGGAUGGAUUUCAUGGGCCAUUAAUCCGACCUCUACUGGAAUGGCAGGUUCUCAGACAUUAGUCGCUUUCAAGGACUCAAACGGAUCGAUGGUGGUGAAGACGUAUAAUAUAAGUUCGUACUCUUCGAUUUUAGAGUCGAAGCUUUCCUUUGAUGUGACGGAUAUGACCGCUGAUUACUCAAACGGCCAGAUGAGGAUAUUCGCGGCGAUUACAUUGCCGGAGAGUUUGGGAACGACGAUUAAUCAGGUCUGGCAGAUUGGUCCGGCGGUUACGGACGGUUUUCCGGCGAAACAUGACUUUUUAGCGCAAAAUCUGGCUUCGAAGGGGACGCUGGAUUUGUUGAAUGGACAGAGUAAUACUGCAAGCGGUACUGAUUCGAGAACCAAAAGAAAAAAUAUCCACGGAAUAUUGAAUGGUGUGAGUUGGGGAAUCCUGUUUCCCGUAGGAGUGAUUAUCGCGAGAUACUUAAGAACGUUUGAGUCUGCUGAUCCGGCAUGGUUUUACCUUCAUGCUUCCUGCCAAUUAUCAGCCUACGCCAUUGGUGUUGCAGGUUGGGUUACCGGACUGAAGCUCGGGAGUGAAUCUGUAGGGGUGCAGUACUCUGAUCAUCGUAAUCUUGGGAUCACGCUGUUUAGUCUUGCGACGGUUCAGAUGUGUGCUUUGUUCUUGAGGCCUAAGAAGGAGCAUAAGUUUCGAUUAUACUGGAAUAUUUAUCAUCACAGCAUUGGAUAUACUAUAAUCGUUAUCAGCAUAAUUAAUAUCUUAAAGGGUUUUCACAUACUGAGUCCAGAAAAGAUGUGGAAAUCUGCUUACAUUGCGGUGAUAUUAGCCAUUGGAGGACUGGCAAUUGUGUUAGAAGCUAUUACUUGGAUCAUCGUCCUCAGGAGGAAGAAGACGAAUUCAAAGUAGACUGCAGCCGGUACGUACUUAAUUACUCAUCAUUUGUUGUACAUCUGAAGAACCCUACCUAUCUUCUUCUUCUUCUUCAUUUCUAUUUCUCUAUUCCUGGUUCAAUGCUCUUAUACUUCUUGAAAUUAGU